GAUCUUUCACCGAGUUGAGCCUCUUCUUCCAAUCCUCUCCCCUCUGGGUUUUUUGCUUUGUUCCUGGAAGGUUUUGUUCACCAUCCCCUAUAGAAGCUAGUUGAAGCCUAGUUUAAGGAGUUCCUAGGUUGGCCAGAAUUACGCCCAAAGAUGCUCUUCCUAGUUUUGGUCAGAUGGAUCGAAUCUCUUGAUAGCACUCCUCCUGUCCAGGGUAUCUGCCCAUUGUUAAAGAAUCCAGAGCCUUUAUCUUGAUACCACCUUACUUCUGUGAUAUGAUGGUUCCUGUCUUGGCCCUUACCUUCCACCAGAAGGAUUGAUGAGAACACCACUUAUGCUCCAAAUGUCUUACUCCUCCUGCUGUGAGAACCUUGUAGUCUCCUCUGAUCUUCUCUGAGUCAUUCCUGGCAGUAUUGUUAGUUCCUACAUCGGUGGUGGGCAAUUAUUUGUGCUGGAGGGCCACUUAAUGAGUUUACAUGAGCUGUUGCGGCCUGGAUCAACACCUCCAUUCCUGCCCCGGCCACAACAGCUCACCAAAACUCCUGAAGUGGCCCUCCAGUCCAAAUAAUUGCCCACCUCUGGGCAGAGAGAACAAAGGUUAGGCGAACCUACCCUGUGUUCCUCCUUUCUCCCUGCACCCCUGCCCUAAGUCCGCAACACGUGGCUGGGCUGGUGGCAUGCUAUAUACCUACGUGCCAGCUCAGACUGCUUGGGUGGAGCUGGCAUGGCUCCUGCCUGACCUGACCGCAUGCCAGGGACUCGGGGUGGGGGAGGGAGUGCAGGAAGAAGAGGGGUGGGGACCCAGCCAAGCCAGUGUCGUGCUGUGUUUCACCCCCUUUCCCUGUACUCCCUCCCCCAGCACACAGCCUGGCCAGUGCCGGGCCAUGUUCCUACGCGCCAUUUUGGGGCAUAUGAGUGCAGCUGGCAUGGUUCCUGCCCAACCUGACCAUGUGCUUAGGAUUUGUGGUGAGGGAAGCAGGCCGGGACCUGUGAGUCAUCUGGGCUCAGCUAGGUCAGUGCCAUGCUGUGUUCCCACAUGCUGCUUUGGACCGUGUCAGUGCAGCUUUUGCGGCUCCAGCCUAACCUGGCUGGGCUGUGUGCCAGGGACUCAGGGUUGGGCAGGAGCUGCUCCAGCUGCUCCCACAUGGCACAGCCCGAAGCAGUGUGUGGGAACACAGUAUGGCACCGGUGCCUGGCCCCCUACCAGGCACCAGCCCGGCAGAGACUGGAUAACCUGCAGCUCUUGGCCCUCUUCCCCUGCACCUGCUCCCCCGCCAACAGGGAGAUCGUUACCUGAGUUUCGACUCACCGGGCACACAGCGGUAUGCAGACAGCCCCACCAGGCAGAAGCCUGGUCAGGAGCUCAGCGCCCCGCUUGCCUUGUAGCUUACACAUGGGGCUGGCGGGCAGGACAGGGUGGCUGCUGCCGCAGCUGGCUGGCAUGGGGAAGGGAGCAGGGCAAGCGGCGCCAAGAGACGGGAGCUGCAGGCCAGAUACAGCUCUCUUUCAGAAGAGCAGCCAGGGGCCCAGUAAAACCAUUUGGUGGGCCGCAUUCUGCCUGUGGGCUGUAUUUUGCCUACCCCUGGCCUACACGAACAAGCAGAGAAGGGGGUUUGAGGGAUGUAUGAGCACUGACAACUUUCUGUGAUACCCUGAAUAUAGGCUCCAGGCAAAUAGGACUUCUCCCAGAUCCCUGGACAACAAAUUGAUGAUUCUGUCCCCUGGUCAAGGGAGUCACCAACCACCACCACUCUCCUCUGCCUUACUGGCCUAUCAUGACUGUGAGGUUCAGUCUCUGAAGGAGUUGGGUGCUCUUUGUUGCCAUGACGACAGGCGACUGCUGCCACCUUCCUGGCUCAUUGUGUGACUGUCCGGGAAGUGCCACUUUGUCCAAGUCCGUUGAAGAGUCCGACAUUGGGCGACCCCAGUACAUUACCCAAGUGACCGCAAAAGAUGGGCGACUGCUUUCAACAGUGAUCAAAGCGCUGGGAGCACAGAGCUACUUAAGAAGUUAGCAAAGUCAAGCAGAAUCAUGUGACUGAGCCUGUUUGUGAGCAGGGCCAAAGCAAGACCAAGUAAAGCCAACAGAACCAAAUGAAAGGCCUAGUAAUAAAUACCAAUUACAUUUUUGACUCAUAAUAACUGGAAAUAUGUGAACUGGAAGAGAUUCUGAAAGUAAAACAGGAAGAGAUGUAAGGAAGCACACUACUGAAAAUCAGGGAUCUGGGUUUUCCAUCUGCUGUGAAAAAAAUGCAGAUUUUCUCAUUUGAAGGAGAAAAACAUAGAUUUUCCCCCUUUAAAAGAGAAAACCAUGGGAAACUGUGGGUUUCCCCUUGCUGGCUGACAGCCUUUCACCCUGCAAGGAGCUGCUUGGGGUUGGGGGAAGUGGGGGGAGGAUGAUUGGAGGCAGGGAGCACCACAUGUGUGUGGGCAUGCAUGUACGUGGCCAACAAUACAGCAAGGCAGGGUGAUGGGAGCAGCCCUGGCAGCUGGAUGCAGGUAAGUCUAUGGGGGAUGGGGGUUGAAGAUGCACACAGGUGCAUGUCUGUGUGUGUGUGUGGAGGGAUGGGUGUGUGAGAGGCCAUGGGCGCCUGCCAGUGCUGAAAGAAGGUGUCCGGGAGCCAGGGCUGGGGCAGGGCAGGGGGAUUUGAGGCAGCGCUCAAUGCUGCUGAUGAGCCUAGCUCUGCGCUGCUGCCAGCGGUGCCUGCCCCUCCAGCCGGGGAAGGGAGUCAAGGGGUGGCUUUCAGGGAUGGCAGGGAGCUGUGUGGCUGGGCUGGUAGCUCAGGGGUGGUGCCUGUGUUCUAAGGGACUGGGCAGCUGGGAGACGCUGCCCAGGUGGGGGCCGUGGCUAGACCUCUUGGUGUGGUGUGGGAGCCCCAUCCAAGGAUGGGAGGUGCCACAGGUAUCCCCUCCUCCUCCCUCCAGCCUGUGCCAGGGCCAGACUUCCUCUGCCAUCACCCACAUGAGUUGGAGCAACCGUAGCUGCCGCUGCCAUGCUCUGACUUGGGCAGAAUGGAGCCUGGAGCUCCUUGCCCUCCUCCUGCUUCCCGUAGUGUGACCAGGUCAGAGCCACACUUGGCUUCAUGCAGAGCACGUGUGGUUCCCCAGCCGCUGCCUGUGGUUCCACAUGAGGUGUGCUGGAUGCAUCUCAUGCUGGAGACCAUUCCCACCAUGUUCCUACAGACCCCCAUCCUGUGAGGCUGGGCAGGGCAGGGGCAGCUGGGGGUCCCCUCUGGCAGGGCUUGUGGGGGUAGGGGGCUGUGGGUCAGGAGUGAGGGGCACUAACAGGGCUGGGGGGGCUGUGACUUGAGAGUGAGGGGCACUGGCAGGGCAGGGUACUGUGGGUUGGGAGUGCCGGGCCCCGGCAGGGUCAGGGGGUUGCAGGUCAGGAGUGAGGGGCACCAGCAUGACCGGGUGGAGGACUCUGAGUUGGGAGUGAGGGGCACCAGGAGGGCUGGGGGGCUAUGGCUUGGGAGUGCAGGGCAACAGCAUGGGCAGGGACUGGGCAUCAGCAUAUCAGAGCUGCUGAGCACCACAGAGCAGUCGGGGGACAGCCGCAGCUGGAUCCAUGUCCCAGUGAAUGAAAGGAGCAGGGGGAGCUCUGAUUUUCCAUUAUAAAAAAACCCCAAAUCAAACACCAAAAUAUACAGGUAUUUAGAAUUUAUUUUAUUAUAAUGAUUGAGGCACUGGUAGGCUUCCAAAUUGCUUUAAAAUUGUAAAUAUAUCAAUAAAAUGUGAAAAUUAUACCAAUCUAUAUAGUGACGUUUCAUUUUAAUCAUGGAAAAAUAUGGAUUUUGGGUUUUCAAAUCAGCGAUUUCUUCCUUUCUUUCUUCCUUUCUUUCUUCCUUUAUCAGAAUUUGCAAUUUUUAAGCAGGACCCUGAACCUUGUAAUGAUCUAGGCUUUCUUAUAUAUGAGGCAAAAUCCUGCUGGUGGCCUGCCUACCAGCUGUGAUUUGCUUCCCUUCUGCCACUCACUAUGUCCAAGUGACAAAAGUUCAUUAAACCCAAAUCCUGCCUCAGAACAGACCAGCAUAUAUUGGUGGUUACCACUUGUGAAUCCUGCUAUUUAAAGGCUGUAUGCUGAAGUGCCAUCAAAAAUAGCAGAAUUACCGAAGAGGUUGGAAUGUAUUUGGUUGAAGAUAAAAGUUGAAAGGUACAAUAAUGAUCUAGUGGUGGGGAUUUGCUUAUACACUACCAAGUCAGUAAGAAGAAGUGGAUGAGGCACUCUUCAAGGAGGUGAGAAAAUUAUCCAAAAGUUUGGAGAAGGUACUGAUAGAAGACUUCAUUUUUCCAGACAUUUGCUGGAAUAAUAAUACAGCCAAACAAAAUGUGUUGAGGAAGUUCCUAAUAUAUGUGGAUGACAACUUUCUGUUGAAUAAAAUUGAGGAUACAACAAGGGGAUCAUCUGUGUGUUGGCCACAAAAAGACCAAGAAAGCCUAGAGUUGCCAGCCCUCCCGGAUUGGCCAGGAAUCUACCAGAAUCGGCAUUGAUCUUCUAGUGACUAUUGAAAGCAAUCCAGGAGACUGAUAUUGUGAAUGGGUUAAACAGUACAAUUAACGACUAGAGGUGCACCGCUACAUCGUCCCAUAUUGGAUCAGCACUGAUAUAAGGAAAAUGGACAGUUUCAGCAAUCGGCUCUUUGUGGCUGAUAAUGUCGCCGAUAAAUGCCCCAUGCAUGCAUGCAGCCACAGUGCAGUGCACAGGCAGCCAGGAGUGCAGCCUGGAAGCAUAGAGAGCAGCCGGGUCUGGCUGGUA